AUGUACGAUCAGACAGAUUGCGGUUGCGGCCGGCGACUCGGAUCGGCCACUUUGCUGGCACUCCUCGCGAUACUCGCCGCCGUUUCGCCGUCUGUACACACACGUCGAACAGUUGUUACAUUUUUUUACAUAAAGUCUUCCGACGCCGCCCUCGUCUUCGCUGCUGACCGUACAUCCGUCCAUUCGUUCGCUGAGUUUCGUCCUCGUUCAAGUCUGAAUACUCCUCGUGCGUGGAUGUGCGCUACUAACGACCAUGCGUACUGCACGCCGGCCGAAGACACAUGUGUCACUGAAGGCUCGCCGGGCAGCUUGGGCUCAACAUGUCACUGGAUGGUACAACAGACGGACGUACCACCGCAACUACCUCACCGAUGCUCGUUCAUGGCGUAA